ACAGGCCUGACACAAGAGCAGAGGACUCAUCUCCAGUGAGAAGGUGUGUGACAGAGAAAAUGAUCCGGCUCAAUAACCCCCAGUACUUCCACUUCCUGCAGAGAGCUGAUGCCCUGAGGCAUUCGCGCUCUCUGUGUGACGCUGUCAUCUCUGUGGACGACCACACGUUCCAUGCUCACCGUGUGGUUUUGGCCUGUGCCAGCAGAACUCUGGCCCACCUCAUGUCUCAGGACCAGGACGGUCCCGUACAGUGCACAUUGGAGCACCUCUCCUCACACACAUUCAGACAGCUGCUGGACUUCAUCUACUCUGAGACACUGGAGGUGACAGAAGAGGACCUGCGGCUGUUGCUCCUGGCCGCACAGAAGCUCCAGAUGAGGGGGCUGGAGGAGCAAUGCAAGAGCCUGCUCAACAGAUUCCAAACAGAAGGCAAAAACAAAAGCGCAGAGCUCAUUAAACCAGAAACAGAGGGUGGCAGAAAGGUUAAAGAGGAACAAUCAAACCCCCCACAUAAGCAGACACACGGCUGCACCACAGAGGAAAAGAGCACAUCUGACUCCUCUUCUUCAUCUCCUCAGAAGCUCAGUCUGUCUGCUGCUGUAGCACAGCGUCAAAGGGACAGCGUCAUCACCUCCAGCUACAGACCCUUCUCUCCCUGGACAUUUCCAGCGCACAUGUGGAGCUCAGUGAGCACUUUAAGACAAAUUGCUCAUAAUUACUCUCUGAUGUCUGCUCACUCAGUUUCAGACAGCUUCACCUGCCCCCUGUCUAUGCCCUCUCACCGCGUCCUGCUCUCAUCGGCCUUUCAAAGCCCAGCCCAGGCAUCUGUGCUGAGCUACUCGCACUUACAUUCACAUUACUCCACAAACACUGGUCCUCUGAGGGCGGGGGGGCUCCUCAGACAGGGGCUGCUCAAGAGGAGGAAGCACAGAGUCCUUUCUCAGGACAGUCGGAGCUGCAGGACAAGUCACAUGGAUGUUGCCAAAGCAGACACAGGAAGAGACUGCCAGCACUGCUCAGCACAGCCCCAGGGGUCCACAGUUUGUAGAUUUUGUGGCAGAGAUAUGACAAAGCCUGGUAUUCGCGCACAUGAAACAGAGCGGCGGCUGGACAAACCAUACCAAUGUAACCACUGCUCCAAGAGGUUCAGCCUGAAGCACCAGCUUGACACGCACAACCGCGUGCACACUGGAGAAAAGCCGUUCGAGUGUCGCCUCUGUGGCCAGCGCUCUCGGGACUACUCUGCCAUGAUUAAACACCUGCGGACGCACGGUGGCGCUGCUCCGUACCAGUGCACCGUGUGCCUGGAGUACUGCAGCAGCCUGGUGGCCAUGCAGAGGCACGUAAAGAGCCACGCACUGCACGAGUUCCCCACAGACUGGAGCAUCGGGAGCACCUACAUGUACCGCUCACACAUAUAGGCAAAACACAGAGUCUUUUUAUAAUCUUCUGCUGGAGCUGGGAUGUAGGUUACCCAUGUAAACUGUGGCGAGGACGCCCCCAAGUGGAAAGUAUCGACUUUCCAGAUCCUGUUUUGUAUUUGGCCAGUUACCUGUCCU